AUGUAAUUCCCCAAGAAUCCCAAUUAAAAGUAAUUGCAGCCUCACAUCCGAAGUCAAUCUUUGAAUAAAUCUUAAUCCUAAAGAAAUCCUCCCCAAUUUAUACCCUAAUUACUCCAAUAACAGUAAACUCUCUAAAAAUCAAUUAACUAUGAUGAAAAAGAAUUACAAAUAACAAAUAAAAGAUUACACAUUUUUGGUGAUUUAGUACUUCCUUCAACUAAAUUUACAAAAUAACAAAAUCAAUCCAUUGCUGACGAACUCAGCGAUAAGGUAUCCUCCCUAAGAAAAUACGCUAAUUAAAAUAUGGCUAGAUAAAAAGGAAGAGGAAGACUAAAAACUUAGAUUAAUGAUUUUGAAAAUUCAAUUGUAAGUUGUUAACGAUUAAUUACAGAUCCUGGCAUUAUUUCAUAGAAAACACCUAAUUAAUAACUAUUGAUCGACAAAGAACAAGUGAUUUAAAAUGGAGUCAAAUACCCAUAUCAAAUAUACUUAAUCAACGACUAAAGAAAGAAAUUUAUUUCUGAUCUUUUAAAGAGCACCAAUCUAACUGAUAUUUAAGAUGGUUUCAAUUUAACCCAGAUAAAGUAAGAUUUAGGCCAGAGACUAAGAACUUAGGUUAGGUCUAAUUAAAUAGAAAAAACCAAAAAAGAAUUAACAUCAAAGAAAUGCAUGAACAAUGCAUUGUAUUCCUUAUUAGCAUUAAAUAAAUAAUCUCAAGAGACAGUCAAAAUGAAAUAUAGAUAGAAUCUUCCAAAGGAUUCUAGAUUCUAUAUUAUAUGA